AUGUCCUCCUCCUUCGAAGGCCGCGUAAUCGCCAUCACCGGCGCCGCCUCCGGCAUGGGCCUCGCGCUCUCCAAACUGCUCUCCAGCCGCGGCGCCUCCCUCUCCCUCGCCGACGUUCAGGAAUCCGCCCUCUCCUCCGCCCUCGAAGCCGUAAAAGCCGAAUCCUCAAACUCUUCCGCCAAGUUCCUAACCUGCAAGACCGACGUGCGGGACCGCAGCCAGGUCGACGCCUGGAUAAAGCAGACAGUCGACGAGCUGGGCGGGCUGCACGGCGCAGCGAACUUAGCGGGGGUGAUAGGCCGAAACCACGAUUCAAAGGGUGUCGAAGACCAGGAUUCGGGGGAGUGGGAUUUUGUAUUGGGGGUGAACCUCACCGGCGUGAUGCACUGCCUCUCGGCCCAGGUGCGGCACUUUUCGAAGGAGGGCGGGAGCAUCGUCAAUGCGGCGAGUAUCGCUGGACUGAUGGGGCGGCCGAACACCAGCGCAUAUGUGGCGAGUAAGCAUGGCGUUAUUGGACUGACGAGGAGUGUGGCCAAGGAGACCGGGGUGCGGCGGAUUAGGGUCAACUGUAUUGCGCCUGGGUACAUACUUACGCCGAUGGUCGAGAAAGCGUCUAAGAUCAGCGACCAACCUGUAGACACAAAUCCGGAGAUCAAGGCGACUGCACUGCAGCGGGCGGGUAAGGCGGAGGAGGUUGCCAGGCUCAUCGCGUUUCUGCUGAGUGAGGAGUCGUCUUACAUCACAGGGGCGGUGCAUACCAUUGAUGGCGGCUGGGUCUGCUAG